AGAGUCCGUGACGGUGCAGGAGGGUCUGUGCGUCUUUGUGCACUGUUCGGCUGGAGAUGCCAGAGUCCGUGACGGUGCAGGAGGCUCUGUGCGUCUUUGUGCACUGUUCGGCUGGAGAUGCCAGAGUCCGUGACGGUGCAGGAGGGUCUGUGCGUCUUUGUGCACUGUUCGGUCUUCUACCUGGAGUAUGGCUGGAAAGAUUCUACCCCUGCUUAUGGCUACUGGUUCCGGGAAGGGGUCAGUGUAGACCAGGAGACUCCAGUGGCCACAAACAACUCAACUCAAAAAGUGCAGAAGGAGACCCAGGGCCGAUUCCACCUCCUCGGUGAUCCCUCAAGGAACAACUGCUCCCUGAGCAUCAGAGACGCCAGGAGGAGGGACAACGGUUCAUACUUCUUUCGGGUGGCGAGAGGAAGAACAAAAUUUAGUUACAAAUAUUCCCCGCUCUCUGUGUAUGUGACAGCCCUGACCCACAGGCCCGACAUCCUCCUCCCAGAGUUCCUAAAGUCUGGCCAUCCCAGUAAUCUGACCUGCUCUGUGCCCUGGGCCUGUGAGCAGGGGAUGCCCCCCAUCUUCUCCUGGAUGUCAGCUGCCCCCACCUCCCUGGGCCCCAGGACCCUCCACUCCUCAGUGCUCACGAUCAUCCCACGGCCUCAGGACCACGGCACCAACCUCACCUGUCACGUGACGUUCCCUGGAGUUGGUGUGACCACAGAGAGAACCAUCCAGCUCAGUGUCUCCUAUCCUCUAAUGAACCCAGUGAUUGAAGCCUCUCUAGAAGACGGCACAGGGAAAUCAGGAACCGUGGAAGAGGUGGUUGUUUUGGCCGUGGGGGUAGUGGCUGUGAAGAUCCUGCUUCUCUGCCUUUGCCUCAUCAUCCUCAGUUUCCACAGGAAGAAGGCGGUGAGGGCAGUGGAGGUUGAGGACAAUGUAUACGCUGUCAUGAGUUAAUCUCUCAGUACUGGAAGUCACAGCCCCCACCCCUGCUCUCCUCUGCUUUGCUCCCUCCUGAGGAUCCAGUUUCCAGC